AUGCCACUUUCAAGCAGCUCAACGUCCUCCUCAAAGAGCAUCCGCCGAGCAGCAUCUGAGCUGGAGAGGUCUGACUCCAUAACGUCUCCAAGAUUCGUUGGUAGACGGCAAAGCUUGAUCGAGGACGCACGAAAGGAAAGAGAAGCCGCCGCUGCAGCAGCAGAAGCUGCAGAGGCCAGUGAACAUAUUGUAUUUGAGGAGGACGAUGGAAAAGCGCUUCUCAACCUCUUCUUCACUUUAAGGAACUCCAAGACACCUGUACUGUCGCGGACCCUUAAAGUUUUCGAGACGUUUGAAGCUAAGAUUCACCAUUUGGAGACACGGCCAUACCGGAAACCCAGGGACAGCCUGGAAGGCCUGGAGUACUUUGUUCGCUGUGAGGUGCACCUCUCAGAUGUCAGUACUCUCAUCAGCUCCAUCAAAAGAAAUGCAGAAGAUGUUAAAACAACCAAAGAAGUCAAAUUUCAUUGGUUCCCAAAGAAAAUAGCAGACUUGGACAGAUGUCAUCAUCUGGUCACAAAAUUUGAUCCAGACUUAGAUGAAGACCAUCCUGGCUACAAGGACCCUGCCUACAGACAGAGGAGGAAAAUAAUUGGUGACAUUGCCUUCAGAUACAGACAUGGGGAGAUGAUUCCCAGAGUGGAAUAUUCAGAGGAGGAGAUUGGCACAUGGAGGGAAGUCUACUCAACCCUGAGGGAUUUGUAUUCUACACAUGCCUGCAGUGAAUACCUAGAGGCCCUCCGCCUGCUGGAAAGGCAUUGUGGGUACAGUCCGAACAACAUUCCCCAGUUGGAAGAAGUGUCACACUUUCUCAAAGAGCGUACAGGUUUCCUGCUGCGUCCAGUGGCAGGUCUGCUCUCAGCCAGAGAUUUCCUGGCCAGUUUGGCAUUCCGAGUGUUCCAGUGCACCCAGUACAUCCGACACGCUUCAUCUCCUAUGCACUCCCCUGAGCCUGACUGUGUCCAUGAACUUCUGGGCCACGUCCCCAUGCUGGCUGACCGCACUUUUGCCCAGUUUUCACAGAACCUCGGUCUGGCGUCACUGGGGGCUUCAGAUGAAGAUAUUGAGAAACUGUCCACACUGUACUGGUUCACCGUCGAGUACGGUUUGUGUAAACAGAAUGGUGAGGUGAAGGCUUAUGGUGCUGGACUACUCUCCUCUUAUGGAGAACUUGUGCACUCUCUGUCCGAUGAACCCGAGACAAGGGAGUUUGAUCCAGAUGCUGCAGCAGUGCAGCCCUAUCAAGACCAGACAUACCAGCCUGUCUACUUUGUCUCUGAGAGUUUCUCUGAUGCCAAGGAGAAAUUCAGGACAUACAUGGCCGGUAUCAAACGUCCAUUUUCGGUGAGGUUUGAUCCAUAUACCAGCAGUGUCGAAGUCCUGGACAACCCACUGAAGAUCCAAGGCGGCUUGGAGGGUGUGAAGGAUGAGCUUAAAGUGCUGUCAGACGCCCUCGGUGUUAUGACAUGA